GUAGGGUGUGCCGAAAAGACGUACAGGCUAGUCAUACUGAAAGCGAAAGCACACAAAAGCAGUCCUUCACGCUUCGUGCGGUCGUAUUCUACUCUCCUUGUCCAUUUGAAGAGCAUUUACACCCACAUGUGGGAUUGUCAGUGGGAGUAAACAGUUCUUCCGGUCACAGAACGAGAAGAGUAAACAUGGCUUCAUUGAUGGUUAUGGUAUUUGUAAUAGUUUCUCUCUUCAUCCCUGCUGCGAGGCCUAGUCAAGCAGAUUUGUGGAAAUUGGAAUGCCUGCCUACAGUUGGAAUUGUUUCUGAGACCACAGUUAUCAGAUGCAUUGUCAAAGACUUUAAAACGAUGGAAAUACUUGCAGUUUCUUUAACAAAAAUCACACAGGAAAAGCCAGUUUUUGAAAUGAAUCAGAAAUCUAUAUCAGGAGAUGAACGCUUUAGUCUUAAAAACCCAAAAUUGGGUCCAUCAUUGCAAAUCUCUGACACCAAGUUUUCCGAUGAGGGUGAAUAUCUGUACCGUGUUAUGACAGACAGUGGUGUAAAAAUGGCACAAUUUAGCAUCAGUAUCACAGCCAAGUACAAAAAUCCAGUCACAAGCAUAUGGCCUGAAGUUGUCACAGAUGGACGGCCCAUCAACCUUUACUGCAAUGCUACUGAUGGCUACCCAGCAGGCUUCAUCCAUUGGUUUGACCGUUAUGAAACUAAUUGGACCAUGAAUUCAGAACUGAAAACCGACACCAAGGACACCAACGGUUUAAAAUCUGUGGCCUUGUAUAGCAGACUGACUUUCAAGUCUGUUAACGACCUGGAGCCAUUUAGAUGCAUCGUCUUCAACAGCAAAUAUGCUCAGGAUGGAGAAAGCACAUUAUCGAUCAAAUCACUAUCAUAUGGUGAUCCUGAAAAGGAAAUUUCAGCAUCUAAUACAACACAGAUUGUUGCUGGUGUGAUGGUCAUUGGAUCACUUAUUGUUGGUCUUCUGUUUGCUCUGUUAAUUUUCCGAAAAAGAAAUGGUCAACAUGGUAGACGACCUUCUGCCCAUCCUAUUCUAAGUUAUGAAUCAGGAAACACUGAAGAUGAUCUGGAAACAGGCAACUACAGAGUGAAGGUUCCACUAUCAGCUGAUGAAAUUGAAAAUAAGCCCUGAUUUUCAUACUGAGGUCAGCACAGCCACCAUUUCACAAAAACAAAAGUGAAGGCAUAAAGAAAAUGGCAGCUGCGUCAGCUUUUUGUAAUGUCUGGGCCAACACAAUGGACUGUAAGAUUACAAAGGCUUAAAAAUCAGCUUAACAUCUCUGGUAAUACUUUACAAUAAGGUUUCAUUUGUUAACAUUAGUUACUUAACAUUAGUGAACUAACAGUAAACAAUUCUACAGCAUUUAUUAAUCUCAAUCAACAAUCAACAACUGUAUUUUUAUUAAGUGAUAUUAACAGAUUAAUGAAUAUAAGAAAUACAUUGCUCACGAUUAGUUCAAGUUAGUUAAUACAUUAAGUUAAACAAGUUAGUUAAUACAUUAUCUCUCAUUUGUUAACUAAUGUUAACAAAUGAGACCUUAUUAUAAAGGGUUAUUGCUUCUCUUUACAUUUACAAACAAAUGUGGGUUUAGGGAGCAUGUAUACUAUACUGCCAAAAUUCAUUACUACAUCUAUGUAAACAAGGACUAUUCAAACUGGGGUCUAUAGGUUCUCUGAAAAUGAGGAUUUCAUGUGAGGAUGUGAUGAUUUUACAAAAUGUUAUUUUUUCUAUGGCUGUCAAAGUUAAUGUGAAAUUGAUUAAAUACGGUGUCAAUAUGUCAUCUGGUCAGAAAUCAUAAAUCAUUAUUUAUGAUCAUUUUAAAUAAAAUUUUCAGCAAAUUUAGGAAAUAAUAUCCAAAUCUAAAUAUAGUUCUGUAAAAUAGUUUUUUUUUUUUUUUUUUUUUACUCACUGCUGUCACAUUUAGCUUACACUGAGUGUUUUAUGUUCAAAUUUUCUGUAAAGCUGCUUAUUAACAACAUUUAUGCUUAUUUAGUAAGUGAGAUUUAGAAAUAAAUUGAAAAUGUUUCUUCUAAGCAUUAUACAUCAAAAAUUAAUAGCAUUAAUGAUGACAGUCUGAAAACACCUGCAAAUAUAUAGCUGCCUAUAUAUUUUAUAGUCCUAAACAAUCAUUUUGUAAUUAUGUGUGUACUUAUGUAUGCCAUUAUAAUUCAAAAGUGAAUUAUUGUAUGGUUUGGGUUGUGGUGACUUUCUAUAGAGUACAACUGUGUGCCAAAAAGAAGAGUAGUUCCUGUUAAAACCAGGAGUGUUGUGGUUUUGAAGUGAGAAUGCUCUGAGUAAAGGAAGUAUGUUUUCUUUCUUGAUUUUGAAUAAAAUUAUGAAAUAUGCCUCUUUGUAAAAUGCAGCAUGUAGACAUGCUUCUAAGACUGGGUGAUCAUUCCAGAAUUGUAAGUUUGGUUUGGGAUACACUUCUAUUUUUUUCUUACUGUACAGAAAUAAAAGAAAAAAGGAAA